UAGCAUUCUUAUUAAAAACAAAUUUUGAUAAUACAAUUUGGAAAAAAGGAACAAAAACAAAUUAGUUACAAUAAAGCAAUGUUUAAAUUUGGAUUUAAUGAUUCUGAAUCCAAGGAAAAAGAUGAAAACAAGUCACAACAUAAGGAAGUCCAGUGGAAAGAAAGCAAGGAAGUUGUUGUUAGCGAAUUAAACCCUAUAGACUCCAUUAUAAGUUCAUGUAAAAUAAAUAGUUUAAAUGUGGACAAUAUUGAAAUUGACUAUGUGGCAUCAACCGAUGUUAUGGAUUAUUUAAAACUACAAAAUAAAGAAUGUUCAGUAUUAAAUGCUGAACAAAAUCAUUCAGAUCUGAUUACAGCAGAGUAUGAGGGCGGUUUAAAAAUAUGGGAAUGCACAUAUGAUUUAAUAAAUUACAUAAAUUCAUUAAACAUAUCUUUUAAAAAUAAAAGAGUUUUGGAUUUGGGUUGUGGAUCUGGUAUGGUUGGAAUUUUAACUUACCUUCUUAAUUCAAAAUGCUACUUUCAAGACUAUAACAACGAAGUUAUUUCAAACAUAACAAUACCAAAUGUGAUAAUUAAUUCUAGAAAACAUAAUAAACCUAUUGAAAAUGCAAAGUUCUUUGACGGUGAUUGGCAAUCAUUUUUAGAAUUAAUGCAAAAAGAAUGCAGUAAAUUUGAUUAUAUCCUUACCAGUGAAACAAUUUAUAACACUGAAAAUUAUACUAAACUUAUAAAUGUAUUUAGACAUUCACUAAAGAAGGAUGGAGAAGUAUUUUUAGCAGCCAAAUCUUAUUAUUUUGGAGUAGGAGGAGGACUUUCAUCAUUUCAAGAAGCAUUGGAUAAAAACAAUUUUAAAUAUGAUAGUUGUUGGAAAUGUGACACUGGAGUUAAAAGAGAAAUACUCAAAAUAACAUUAAAAUAAUUUUUAUUUAAAC